UUGAGGGGACACACGAUCUGAGAUAGAAGCAGGUCAGAGGCAGUAACACAGACGACAGGCACGUUUCUCUAUAUCCCGAGCUCGGAAGUUCGACGUUUGCUCUGUUUCUUUUAGCUCAACAUCUAUUUACUGUAUCUUUUCUUAUAUUACGGCGUUGUUUUUGCUCUCCCGAGAGACGUUGAUGGACCCUCACAGUAUCGAACGGAUAUUUUACUAGCGGUCUAGGGCGACGAGAGCGAGCGUGUCCCUCAGCGUGAAGCCUGUUAGCGGGUUAAGCGAACCGAGCCUGGCUCUGCUCCGGGGCAAGCGUGCCUACAGCAGCUCAGCGUUUGAUGGAUCCUAGAAUCGCCUGGUUUCAACCAGAACAACGCGGACCUGCCAACAACCUGUGGAUGCACGUCUGGGAAACGACACAGACGCUGGGAAAUCUCUACUUGAACAACAACUGCAACACAGCCAGUGCCAAACCGACCAACAACAGCAGCGAAGGUGCGUCGAGCAACGGCAGCGAGCCCACGGAUCAGCAGGGGAUGUCUAGAUCCAAACCCGACAGUGAGGUCGCCGAACAGUUUAACUUCAUCCCGCUGGAAACGAAUAACAAUAAUAACAGCAGGGUUGUGGUGGGAAGGGGAGUCGGCGGAGGGGGGCCAGUGGGUGGAAGUGAGGUCGUGGGAUUGGGAAAGGGGAUCCCCAACAAGAGGAAAAGAGGCAACAAGGCGAGCACCUUUGGCUUUAACAGGAGUCUGCUGCUGACAGCCGGGGAGGAGCAGCUCUACACGGGCACGCCGUGGAAGAAACGAAACUACUUCGAGGGCAUAGUGGGGCUACAUGAAGAGAUAAAGGACUUCUAUGACUACAUUUCUCCUCGUCCAGAGGAAGAACGCAUGAGGCAUGAGGUGGUGGCCAGGAUCCAGAGAGUCAUCAAGGACCUGUGGCCCAAUGCCGAGGUCCAAGUUUUUGGCAGCUUCAGCACAGGCUUGUAUUUACCUACAAGUGACAUAGACUUGGUGGUGUUUGGGAACUGGGAGACUUUACCUCUCUGGACUCUUGAAGAGGCGCUACGCAAGAGACAGGUUGCAGAUGAGAACACCAUCAAAGUCCUCGACAAAGCAACGGUCCCAAUCAUUAAACUGACAGACUCACGCACAGAAGUCAAAGUGGACAUUAGCUUCAAUGUGCACAGUGGAGUGAAAGCUGCUAACCUCAUCAAGGACUUUAAACAGCAAUACCCCGUGUUACCAUAUUUGGUGUUGGUUUUAAAGCAGUUUUUACUGCAAAGAGAACUGAAUGAGGUUUUCACAGGCGGAAUCGGAUCAUACAGUUUGUUCCUCAUGGCUGUCAGCUUCUUGCAGCUGCACUACCGAGAGGAAGUGAUAAGUCCAAAUCCAAACCUGGGCGUGCUGCUGAUCGAGUUCUUUGAGUUGUACGGUCGGCAUUUUAACUACUUGAAGACUGGGAUCAGGAUCAAAGAUGGCGGCUCGUAUGUGGCUAAAGAUGAAGUACAGAAAGGCAUGCUGGAUGGGUACAGACCCUCUAUGCUUUACAUUGAGGACCCUUUGCAGCCAGGAAAUGAUGUUGGACGAAGUUCUUAUGGUGCGAUGCAAGUGAAAGAGGCUUUUGAUUAUGCCUACGUUGUCUUGAGUCACGCCGUAUCCCCCAUUGCCAAGUUCUACCCAAACAACAAGUCUGAGAGCAUUCUAGGGAGAAUUAUCCGUGUCACCCAGGAAGUAGCAGAGUAUCGUGACUGGAUCAGUAAACACUGGGUCCUGCAAAGCAACAAUGAGCCUGUCCUCAACUGUAAUGGAAAUGAGGUCAACAUUCUAGUUGAGACUGAGGAACUUGAUGAGUGUAAUAAUAACUUUUCAGAGGACGUUGUGGUGCUUCCUCCAGUCCCACGGAGUAAAGUGUCAUCCAAUUCCUCCUCUCCAUCGCCCUCUUCACCUUCAUCACCCUCAUCAUCGUGUCCAUCUUUAACUGCUUCCAGCUCAAGUGAUGGGGACUCUGAUGGGACGCCCUAUAAGACAGCGAAAGCGCUGAGUGGGCGGGGCUCAGAGAGCACAGAGAGAAAUCUGUCCAAUCACAGAUCACAGAAUCAUUCAGCGACAAUACCAACUCCCACUCAUAAGGGCAGUAAGAACCGUCAGCGUGUUAACAAAAGCUCUCAAGGGCCACAGAACAACAAAAUGCAACAAAACAGCAAGCCUCAUCACAAGGGCAAUGUAAAGAAGAGGAAACCUCAGCGUGAGGUAGCGCACGAGGAGCUGUGUAGAUAGGAGACGCUGCUCUUGCAAACUCGCAACCUGCUCUUACUUCUCUGACCACAGAUUGGUGCUGGUGGUAUCAUUUAUCUCUCUUGUCCCACUGUUCAGGGAUUGCGUGACUUUGUAGCUGGAAAAAGAAGAAAAAAAGAUGGGGUGUAUUCCACUGAAUUCAAAUCAUGUGGGAGAGUUUCGGCCUGGACUCCACUGGCUUCUGCACAGCUUCUGUUCACUGCCUAUAGAGGAGGUGCUCUGCUCUGCUGAAGGACUCUCACUGGCAUUGUGGAGGACCUGAGAACACAGGAGAGAGAGAAUUUAACUUGAGCAAUACCUUGUGCCCCGGACUUUUGCCUCAGAGAGGAAAACUGAAAAGACUUAAACGACAAAAAAAAGUUAUAUUAAGGAUUUUUAAAUGUCUAAAAAAACAAGAUGUUAUUAGUACAAAAAGAAAUUAUGCAUGUUAUUAUUAUUUUUUUGAAGAGUGGUUAUUUUUGGUCGUAUAAGAUAAUACAAAUAUUUGUAUGAGAAAAAAACUUACAAAACACACAAAAGCAUAAAAAAAGGAAAAAAUAUAAAUAUAUGAUCAAACUUGGAAAUGGUUUCAUAAGACUUUUAUAGCAUUGCUAAAUUUUUCCCAUGCUAUUGAUAUAAACAUUAAAAUGAUAGUUCACCCCAAAAUGAAUUUCCUCAGAUCUGUAAAUUUCUUUGUUCUCCAAAACAUAUUUGGAAGAAUGUGGGACGAGAUGUGUUCGGUUACUGACAUUCUUCCAAAUAUCUUUCUUUGUGUUUAGCAGAACAAAGACAUUUACAGAUCCGAGGGUGAUGAAAUGAUGACAGAAUUUUCAAUUUUGGGUGAACUAUCCCUUAUACACUGCAGCUCUUCCAAGCUAUGGUACGGGUUUGGGUUCAAUUGCCAACAAUUGUCAUCAGCCUCUGUUAUUAUACCGUGUUUGUGUAAUGUUGUGGUUGGGAAAUGUCUGAGAGAGUGAAGGUUAUUUGUAGAACACACAACUGGUAGUCAUGUAAACACAUACAACUCUGUGCACACUCUGUGCAUGUCUGUAUCGGAGUGCAAGUAUAAGUUCUGCUAUCUUUCAAGCUGAGAGCAAGUAUGUUGAUCUAGCCAUUUUGAAAACACUAUCAACAUUGCCACAUCUGAAAAAUUACAGAUGUAAGUUCUCGGAGUCAUAAGCCCAAUACAUAAUAAUAGUAGUAAUAAUUUUUAUUUGUUAAUGUAUUUAUUUUUCAUCAGUAACAUAAAACAGUGAUGUUGGAUUUAUGUAUGCUUUCGGUAGAGGCUUGUUUUCUGUCCCAUUUUACGGUAAAACAUGAUUGUCUCUUGUCAUGUAGUGUGCAAUUUUUUUGAAUGUAAGGUUUUUCUGAUAACCACUUACUGACCAAGUUCAUUUCUGAAAUCUCAAAGUACCGUUUUAACAGAGAUAUAGAAAAAGUGGUUUAAGUAUUUUAAUUUGUGGCUGGUCUACUUAAAGGGAGAUGAGACUUUUUUUGUGUGAUUUUUAUUUUGUUUUUUGUUUUUUACAUUCCACUGGAUCCUGCUCUGGAAAAUUUUGCAGUUCUUCAGAUAAACAGUAGAUGGUGAUACAACCCAAGUUUAUUUCAUACACUGUAAAUCCCUUUGAUUUUCUUUUUUUUAAGUUUUCAUAUACUCACAGAUCUUGUAUCUAAUUUUAAGAGAUGUUGGCAUUUGAUGAGGUAAUAUUAGUUACUCCACCUGUAUUGAAAAGUGUAUAUGGGUUUAUGAAGUAUCAAAGCCAGUAACCAUAUGGAUAGCAUUGGAAUAGAGGAACAAGAAACAACAGUUUGAAGGUCUUUAGUGCCACAGCAUAUGCUCUGACAGUCUUAUUUACAUUACAUGUAUCCAUUUUUGGCUCUUUCAAUCCAUGCAAUAAAAAGUACCGCACAACAAU